CGAAACCAAAAGGUGAAAUGGCAUGGACAUAGGAGAAGCUGUAGGCAAAUCUUGACAAUGCCCUAGCGUAGUAUUUUUUUCCGGAACCAUCGUGCUUCAACCAGAAAGAAGAGGCUCGAACGUACUUUCUCCAAUAGUGUACAGAAUUUCUGUCUGCAGCAGUGACUCAUCGUACACAUAGGGUUGCGAUUCCUAAGGGACAUCACUCCCGCAUUUGCCGUUCUGACUCUCUGUUGACGGCUCGCAACUUAGCAAUCGCUAAAACACUUCGUCAAACGUCAGUAGGCGUUUCAAAGCUAGAUUAAAUUCGUUCACCCAGUCGUUGCUUCUAGUCGGCCAUAUCGCCUCAACCAACCACGAUCGGGUCUUAGAAUUCAGAGCCAUUUUGUAAGUAUUAGGGUUCUGUAGAUUGAAAAUAAUGGUCAGGCUAGUACAUCACCGAACGUAGUUAAUACCCUGCGGUUAUAGACCAGGGUCCACCCCGAGGCGAGCUGUAGGCGAAGCCGGAAAUAUUUCCUUAGCAGCUUCCCAUACACAUCCGGUAAUUAUCUACCAUGGAUUCCGACGUCAUGGAUGUAGAUAUGGAAGAUAGCACUUCGUAUCAGGCAGCGGCUGAAGAGACGUCUUUAAGUGGCAAAUCGAUUCCACCAGAUCCCCCACCUCCGCCACCCCAACCUACCCUAGCCACGCCUCUUGCCGCCAUUGCAACCAAUCCAUUACCCUCAUUACAACCACAUGCAGAACAAUCACCUCCUGUACCAUCGGCAACAGUGCCAUCCGCUACAGCACUACCCGUUACAGUGCCACCCGCAACAGUACCACCCGCUACAGUGUCAUCCGCCACAGUACCAUCCGCUAAUGUACCAUCUGCUGUAAUCUCCUCAGCAAACGCAGCAUCCCCAGCAUUACCCUCCCCUCCCAUACCGUCCCCACCAGCUGCCAUGUCUCGAUCCCCGGGGAUGGUUUCACCCGGACUCUACUCCCCCAUCAUCCAUUCCGGGAUGGUGUCCCCUAGCGUGCACUCCGGAGUUAAGAGGCUCUCGUCGGAAGAUCGCCAACGGCUCGCUAACAUGCUGCGCGCGCUGCAAAUCCAGCAACAGGCGCAAAUGAGCCAGCACGGGCAAGCGGAAGCGCAAGCAGAAGCGCGCGCGGAAGCUCAGGCCUCCGCCUCCGUGGGUUCUGCGGAAGCGAGCGGAAGCAGAUCGGCGGAAGAUGGAGCAGCGAGGCCCGCUGAAGCUGGCGCGGAGAGGGGUGCGGACAUGGCGGUGGAUGCGCCGGUCUGCGCGCAAGGGGGCACGGGGGAGCGGGACCGCCGGUGGAGAGAUUUGACGACGGUGAAUGGGGAAACAGCAGGGUCGGGGGCUGAUUCGCCGCCGCUUCCUUCGUCGCCCCCUCCUGGGGGGGCUAUGAGCCGCAAGGACAUUUUGGAAAUAGUCCGGAAACAUUCGGGGUCCCUGGUGCGGCCAGCGACCUCCCUAGACGCCACGGGCACGGAGGCGCAGCAGACGGCGCUGAUGAUGGACCGGCGGUACUGGCAGGAGAUGACAGACCUCUUCUUCGUGCGCGGCGUGGAGAUCCGAGGGGAUGCGAGUCAAGACGGGUCGUUCCGCGACAUGGUGUUCUUCGUUAGAAGCGAGUCACCUGCAGCCACGCCACGUCAGCUGGACGGCAGCGUUAGCGGCAUGGAGGGGGUGGAGGGGAGGGGCGACGGCAUGGAGGCGAUGGAGAGACACCGACCGUACUUUGCCAGGCGGCGGCAGAGCAGCCUCGGCGCCAUUCUGGGCAAUAGUGGGGAGAGCAUUGACUGGCGGCGGUCCUUCUACCUCAACCUCAUCUGCCACACCGACUACUCCGUCACUGUUGCUGUCUGCAGUCGCAAGGCCUUGGAGAACCAGAAGCGGUCGGGGCGAGCUGUGCCGCCCAUAAUGAAGGUGACGAGGCGGGCAUACGCCUCCCCCAGUAGAGCCCUCAUCGACACGGGGCUCACACUUCCGCCCUCAACAACCUCCCAGGACGCAGAGGUGACGGAGGCCUACCCUAACAUCUGCUUCGCCAUUGACUCAUCCGACCAUGCCUUUGAGUCCGUGGUCCUCAAGAGCAGCGACCACUGCUUCUGUGUGCUGCUGAACGCGCACAGGGGAGCGGCCUUCCCCGCCCAGGACACAGUGGAGAAGACCCUGGCGGACGGGCAGAGAAGGGUGCUGCACCGCGGCACCAGCAGCGAGGCCAGAGUGCUGGGAGAGGCAUCGGGUGACGGGCCUAAGAUCACUCUAUUCUCGGGGUUUGUGAGCUACCCCAUGGUGAAAACUUCCUUCCAAGGUCUCUUCUCCAUGUGGGGCGCUGCCUCCCCAUCACCUCUCAAGCCAGCAGGCCUUGUUCUCCGUGGGCCGGGCGGCAAAGGAGCCGCCAACCUCGCCGUCUGCCCACUCCCCCUCCCCCCGCUCCCCCCCAAACCCCCACUCUCCCCCCGGCCCCCCCUUGCCCCCAGACCUCCCCUCUCCCCCCGCCACCCCCCGUCUCGGUCGCACCCCUCUCGGUCCCCCCAUCCUUCCCACUCCCAGCCCUCCUCCCGCUUCCAGCUCCCACCAUCCCAGCAGCCCCUCUCCCCCUCUGCCCGCUCCCAGCUCUCCCCCUCCUCCCUCUCGUCGCCUACCCAACCAAACCCCUCCUCACCGCAACCAUCACCACCCCGCGCCUCCCACUUAUCACCGACCAGCCCGCCCCAGCCAUCUCCCACCAGUCCGCUACACAUCAACCGGCCUGCACAGUCCCGUACGUCUGCACACUCCCCUCUAUCUGCACAGCCUGUGAAGCCAUCUCGGCCGGUCCACCGGCGCAUGCCAUCACUACAGGAGCUGCAGAGCAAGCUGUGGGCUGUGCAGGCCGAGCUCAUGGACCUGCUGGAACUCGAGGCCGAGGCUGCUGCUAAGACUGUAGCCGCCGCUGCCGCCGCCGCUGCUGUUGCUGCUGGUGCCACUGCUGCUUCUUCCCAAGCUGCUGCUGAUGCUGGUGCUGCUGUUGGUACUGCUGCUGCUGGUGCUGGUGGUGAUUCUAGUGGCAGUGGUGAUGAUGCUCCCAGUUCUGUUGUUGCCAGCACCGCUGCUCCUCCUCUUGCCUCUGCAGUGGCAGAAGCUGCCCCUGCUGGGGCAGGCUGUGCAGAUGGUGAAGGGGAGGAGAUAAUGCAGGUGGAAGGCGGGGGUGAUUCACCAGCGCAGGAUUCUGGGAACCGUGAUUCUGCUGCUUGUGCUGACGCUCGUCCUGCAGUUGGCGCUGCUUGUGAUGAUUCUAUCAAGACAGAAGAAAGAGAAGCGGAUUCAGCAGCAGCAGCAGUUCAAGCCUCAUUCCGUUCUCCUGCGCCAUCACCCGUUCCCUCUCCUCCCCUCCCCUCUCCUGCUCCCCCUCGCACCUCCCCUUCUCCCCCCCGCGCCUCCCAAUCCCCACCCACCCCCUCGCCACCCUCCCCCUCCCCAACCACUCCCCUCCCUCCCACACGCACCUUCCAAACCCACCCCUCAACCGCCCUUCCCCAGACAAAGCCUGCCAAGGAAGAGGCCCGAAGGCUGCGCCUGCUAGAGCUGCAGGGGGAGCUGAGACUAGUGCAGGAGCAGCUGCAGAUGCUGCAGUCUCAGAGCAAGGGCAAGCGCCCGCACCCCCCCGAUCAGCACCACAGGCAGCGGCCCCCGUCCUCGCGCUCCAUGCAUGCCUCUCGGGGUAAAAUGAGAAGUUCUGGUGGUGGUGGUGGUGGCAAUGGGAGGGGCAGUGGCAGCAGUGGUGGGGAUGGGGGAGGAGCAGGAGGGGAGGGGGAUGAGGAGGAGGAUGAGGACAGGGCCGGGUUUCCAAGGGUUUUGAAGCGGGUGGUGGUGGCACCGCCUCGGAGGGCGAUGGUGCACCAGGAUGAGGACAGCCCAACCGCCAGACAAGCACAGGGGCAGGCGCCUUCAGUUGGAUUCCCCGGAGGAUCACCUGAAGGUUCUCCUGGUGCCCGUCGCGCAGGUGGCACUUCGGGUGCUACGGGAGCGACUGGUGCUAGUGCAGGUGGUAGCAGUAGACCAGGCAGCAGCAGGACAGGUGGCAGCAGCAGCCGUUCCCCUGCACCUGCUGCUGGUAGUGCCAGCAGUAUUGCAGCGUCGCUGCUGCAAGGAGGGAUGGGAAGAGCAGCAGGAGGAGGAGGGGGCGUGGUGAGAGAGGAGCCUCUGCGCUGCUGCCUGGCGUCACUCUCCCUGCCCUGGGAAUCACUCGCCUUUGACCUCCUAUUUAAGGAAAUGCCUGUCAAGGUGGACAUUGGAGGUCGGAUAUUCCCUCCGCCUCGAAAUCCUCCCAGCGCAGAAGACUUUUGAUAAAGCCUGGUGCUGCCAUCAGAGGAACAACUUUCUGGAACCCGUUGUCAGUAGAGAACUGCUAGAGCCAGCUGCCUUUCCAGUAGCCAUAUUGAUUAUAGCAGUGGGUUUGACGUGUAUUCAUUUUCAGUUUGUCACACCGUACUUCAGAUGGUACGAGGUGCGACGAGGCGCUUAUGUGUCUGAUGGAAGGAACAGGCUGGCGCUGGCCGAAAUGGUUUGGCUUGGCGCACAUAGAAUAGAUCUACUGUAUGUGUGUGCCUUAUUUUUUGUGUACCAUGUGUAGUCUAUCAAUAUUGUGGAACGGAGUUGCGGAUGCACU